GAUGCCUUGCGCGGGGGCGGAGGCGGCGGGGAUGCGAUGGCGGAGUCGCUGCCCCUGGAGAUGCUCACAUAUAUUCUGAGCUUCCUGCCUCUGUCAGAUCAGAAAGAGGCCUCCCUCGUGAGUCGGGCUUGGUACUACGCAGCCCAGAAUGCCCUUCGGGAGAGAAAUGUGCGGUACAAUAUCCCUGUGUCCUCGGCCUCUCUCCCAACCAUCAAGAGCCUGGGCCUCAGGGGCGUCUCCUGCAUCGGCCUGACCAACCUGGAUGGCUCACCAGCUUCACACCAGGUGCUGCAGUCUAUUGCCUACCACCUGGGCCCUCACCUGCAGAGCUUGUGCCUCGGUGGGGGCAGCCCCACAGAGGCCUCCUUUGUGGCCCUGAUCCUGGGCUGUCCGGCCCUGCGUAGCCUUGACCUCAGUGGCUGCAACAGCCUCUUUGCAUCAGGCACACUGCUAGCUCAACCCGAAACAGCACAGCAGGUCCGGCAGGCACUGAGCGGCCUCCGCGAGCUCAACUUGGCUGGCCUGCGAGACCUGGCCGACCUCAGCUUCAACAGGCUAAGCAGCUGCACCCCCAGCCUAGAGCGCCUCUCCUUGGCCUACUGUCACCUCACCUUCGAGCUAGGCCCAGCCUGGGGCUCCAUCAACCCCCAGGACUCCUCCCAAUCCCAACUUUCCUUCCACAACCUGCUGCGGUUCGUGAAGGAGCGGGCUGCUAGGCUGCGCGCCCUGGACCUGAGUGGCACUGGCUUGCCACCCGAGGCCCUGCAGGCCCUGGGCCAGGUGGCCGGGCUGCAGCUGCAGGAGCUGAGCCUGCACAGCUGCCAGGACCUCUCCACAGAGGCUGUGGCUGCCCUUUGCCGCCAGCAGCCAGGCCUUACCUCCCUGGACCUCAGCGGCUGCUCAGAAUUGGCCGACAGGGCACUGUUGGCUGUGAGCCGGGGCCUGCGGCACCUGCAGCGCCUGAGCCUAAGGAAGCUGCAGCGGCUGACGGAUGCGGGAUGCACAGCCCUUGGGGGCCUGCGGAAGCUGCAGAGCCUGGACAUGGCUGAGUGCUGCCUAGUGAGCGGGCGGGUAUUGGCCCAGGCUCUGGGCUCAGUGCGCAGAGCUCCACCGCCACUGGCCUCUCUCAGCCUGGCCUACUGCUCCUCACUCAAGGACACCUCAGUGCUCUCCCUGAUCCCAGCGCUGGGACCGAGUCUCAGAGUGCUAGACUUAUCCUCUUGUGUGGCCCUCACCAACCGGACCCUGCAGGCCAUCUGCACCUACCUCACUCCCCUCUCAGUCCUGCGCCUGGCCUGGUGCAAGGAGCUUCGUGACUGGGGGCUUCUGGGGCUGGGGGAACCCAGUGAGGAGCCAGCACAGAAAGCCCAGCCACACGGAGAGCUGGAGUAUCAGGCCUCAGGCCCCAUGGACCCUUCUCCCCAGCCACAGGGCCCCUCCCUGCUCAUGCUGCAGGCCCUGCAGGAGUUGGACCUCACAGCCUGCAGCAAGCUGACUGAUGCCAGUUUGGCACAGGUGCUCCAGUUCCCCCAGCUGAGGCAGUUGUCACUGAGCCUGCUGCCAGCACUCACAGAUAACGGCUUGGUGGCUGUGGCCAGGGGCUGCCCUAGCCUGGAGCGCCUGGCGCUGAGUCACUGCAGCCUCCUCAGUGACGAGGGCUGGGCCCAGGCAGCCAGCUCCUGGCCGAGGCUGCAGCACCUCAACCUGUCCAGCUGCAGUCGGCUCACAGAGCAAACGCUGGACACCAUUGGGCAGGCGUGCAAGCAGAUCCAGAUGUUAGAUGUCGCCAUGUGCCCUGGUAUUAGCAUAGCUGCUGUCAGGCAAUUCCAAGCCCAACUGCCCGAGGUGAUCUGCAUCCAGUCCCGCUUCGUGGGAGGGGCUGACCUGACCCUAACACUCUGAGGCCAGGUCAGUAAGCGGCCCUGUGGCUCAGCCUCCUGGCCCUGGCCCUGGCUUCUUAACCUGGAGUUUGACUCAGUGCCUCCUGUUCCCCUCUGCUACAGACCCCAGGGCCCCUUCCCUAAGCUAUAAACACCUUCGCAAGGACUGGAGGUGGGGCUAAUCCAGGGCAGUCUGGAGUGCUUCCUACCCCAGUCUGCCCCACAGCCUGGCAGAGGCUUGCCAGCUACAUGAGGCCCCUGGAAAUGCCAGCUCCUGACCUCCUGGCCAGGCCUGGGUCUGGAAGCCCCAGGCCCAUAGGUGGCUGGGUCGGAUGCUGGAGCGGAGCAGACCCCCCUCUUGCUCUGCCUACUUCCAUCCAAGGCCUGUGCCCUACCUUGUUCCCUAUUCUAGUAGUUCCCAGUCCCCUACCAGUGCUGAACUUUAGCAGCCAAGCCUUAUCUUUGUUGUAAACCCAAACAAGAUUAAAAAUUCCAGACUCUA